UGGCAGUACUGCGCCGCCAGACACCUAUGACCCGUGUUUGCGGAAGUACAUGGUUACAGUUUCUGCUUUCAGGCAUGGCUCUGGAGGUAUCUUUGAAAUUAAGUAGAGGUCAAUUUGACUACAGGACAUCUAUUUAUUUAAUUUAACUUGUGUCUGAUUGUUAGAGCACCCAAAAACUAGCUGAUCAUAUCGACUCAAAAAGAGGGGGCAGUCAUGGCCCGACCUUUCCAGCUUCUCUCGUUCCUCUCCAGGUUCUGUGCUCCCUCCGUUGGUCCUCAGUUUUAUAUUAGUGGCUCUCGAUUUGCAAGUAAAGGUGCUAGUGUGGCACGGAUGGGACAGAGCCAUAAUCAAAGAGACAGAUCAUCAAACAGAGCUUCAGGAUACAGCGACCACGAUGAAGAGUUUGGUCUGGAGGACGUUGAAGACGAGCUUCAAGCAUUGUCUGAUGAGGGGAGAAAAAGACAGAGGUCUGUGAAAUAUCACAUACUGAGAAGAAAGAUGACUCUAUCAGGAGCUCCACAGAGGAAGCUAACCUGGGAUGCUAUGGAGCAGAUCAGAUAUCUGAAGCAGGAGCAACCAGAGGAGUGGACAGUGGAGCGGCUGGCUGAAGGCUUCUCUGUCAGCCCAGAUGUCAUCCUGAGAGUCCUAAGGAGUAAGUUUUUGCCCAGUCCUCAAAGAAAAGCCAAGCAGGAUGCCAAAAUAAUGGCAGGACUCAGCCAGAAGGUGCUGCCUUCAGAUGCUGGGACAGGGUCAGAUAGGUUGAAGCUACCUGGAAACCACACACCAGCUUUGCUUCCACCAGGAAAUGGACAAGAUGCAGUGGCACCAAGGGCUGAGAAGACUGUAAUGCUUCAAAGUAAAUCUCAGGCUAAAAUACUUGUUUCUGCUACUGUUAUGCCCACCCAGCUUAUGGCUGGUAUAAAUGAAGAGACCCAAGUGACAACAUCUGGGGUAAAUUCUACAGAGGAGGAUGAGGAUCGCUGGGAUGGACAAGUGUUUACAGAGGAAGAACUUGAACAGUAUAUCAAUAUGGAUAAACCUCCACCUGUGGUGCAAGUUGGGAGUGAAUUUUUUGAUGUAGAGGGCAAUUUUUUGUUCAGAAUCUGACGUCUUCCUGUGUUUGGACUUUUUGCUUUCUUUAUUUAACACUUGAUAAUACCCUGCACAGGGAUUGUCUUUACAGAUGUUAGUAAGCAGACUAAACAGGCAAAAUAAAACAAUUUCAGAAUGAAUAAAUCAGCA